AAAAAGUUUUAAAUUUGAAACAAAGUCUAUUCACCCCCCCCCCCCAGACUUUGUAUCUCACCACUUUGGGACCACCAAUUGGUAUCAGAGCUUACUUCUCACUAUCUACGUUUAGAUUAACGAGAAGCGAUCAUAAUGGUGAACAAUAUGGAUCACGGGUUACCCAAGUUUUCUCUUCUAGGUUAUGAUGAUUGGAAGAUCAUGAUGGAAGCACACCUCUACGCUCUACAUGAUUGCAUGUGGAUGGUGCUUGAGGAUGGACCCUUGAAAAUACAAAUGGAGAAUCCUGAGAGGAAUCCAGCCACUCCAGAUGUAGUCCAGUACAUUCCAAAGCCCAAAGAAAAAUGGGAUGAUAGAGAUUGCAAAAAGCACAAUCUGGACAACGUCGCCAAAGCAUCCAUCUUCAAGACACUUGAUCCCAUUACCUUCUCCAAAAUUAAGCAUCUCAAGACUGCCAUGGAGAUUUGGCAGGGUCUUGGGAAGCUAUGUGAGGGAUCAGAGGACCUGAGAAAGCAGAAGAUAGAAGUUCUGCUUGAGAAGUUUAAAAGCUUCAAAAUGCUUCCCAGAGAAUCAUUUGAUAUGUUGGAUGAAAGAUUCCACAAGAUAUUGAAUGAUCUUGCAUCACUUAACCACGUUCUUUCUCCCAAAGAAAAGAAUGUAAGGUUACUGAGAUCACUUCCAACUGAGUGGUAUACCAAAGCCACAGCCAUGGAAGAAGGAAGAAACCUGGAGAACUACACUGUCCAAGGUCUCCUUGACGAGCUCAGAACCUAUGAGCACGAGCUGAAGAAGAAGAAGGAAGAACAAGUCACUCCCUUCCCCACGGCAUUGAUGACAACUCUAAGAGUCCCAUCAAGUGAAGGGACAUGCCCAAGAAGUUGUGACACACCUUCCUCCAGCCAGCCGCCAAGCUCAAAAAUGGAGAACUACGAUGAGGAAUUUGCCAUGAUGGUCAAGCAAUUUCGGAAGUUCAAGAAGUUCUUCAAGAAAGCUGAUUCAAUCAGAAGGCCAACCAAAGGAAAGCCACAAGUAAGUGACUCCCCUCCUGAAUCUUAUUUGUGUUAUAACUGCAGAAAGCCUGGCCACUGGAAGUCAGCAUGCCUGUACCCAAAGGUUGAGAAGUACGAAGAAAGAGAAAGAAACGAGAAGAAAAAGAAGGCAAUGGUUGCUGCUGAAAGUGAUGAGUCAUCCAGCUCAAGCUCGGAUGAAGAAGCCCUCGUUUGCAUGGAGCGCAGAGUUGAAAAGUCCAACCAUGAGGACAGGUGGACUAUGUCAGAAGAUGACACUCUCUGCCUAAUGGCCAAAGAUGAUGCUAAUCAAGAGGUAACCUCACAAACCUCCUUCUCAUCUUCUUAUGAAAGCAUACCAACUUCUGAAAAUCUUUUUGACCAGUUCAAAAAGAUGAUGGAAGAUUUUGAGGAAAUAAAUCUCAAACAUUCAUCCUUAACCGAAGAGAACAAGUUGUUAAGUGAAGAGAAUCUCAAGUUGACUGAGGGUCGGAAAAGUCAACUAAAUGAGAUCACUCAACUUAAAGCUGAAAAUGAAUCUCUCUCUGAAAAGGUGAAAUCCCUCAACAAAGAGCUAGGGAUACUUAAGUCCAAAGAAGCAGUGGACAAGCUUCUUGAAACGACCAAACAUAAGGGUCGUGAAGGACUUGGGUUUGACCCCUCCAGUUCCAAAAGGAAAGGGAGAACAACUUUCAUCCCUCCUAAACCUACUGCCAAACCAAAUAAGCAGAAAGGAAAGGAAAAGGAGAAACCAACAGAAGUUCCCAAAAAGGAAGCCGCUAAGUACCCAGGUGUCUGGUACUUAGACAGUGGCUGUUCAAGACACAUGACGGGUGAUGCGAGCCUUUUGAGCAAUCUAAUUCCCUAUUAUGGUCCAAGAGUUACCUUUGGAGGAAGCAAUGAUUUCGGCCUUACUAAAGGGCUAGGAAAUCUGGUGUACAAGGGACUAACCAUCCAAGCUGUAUCUUAUGUUGAAGGUCUCAAUUAUAACCUUCUUAGCAUAAGUCAGUUUUGUGAUAAAGGUUACUCCUUGGAAUUCUGCAAGGACAUGGCAUCCCUCAAGAACAUCUCCACAAAUGAAGUUAUUCUCACUGGGAAGAGAAUCAGGAACAUCUAUGAAGUGAUGUGGGACGAUGUCAAGGAAGCAUGCCUAAUCAGCAAAGACAAGGAUGAAGAAGUCAAUGAAGGAGAUAGAAUGAAACCUACGGAGUUCAUUCCAUUCAGAAGUCUACCACUGAAGACUUCACAGAGAAAUCCGGAUUCAGACAGUGCUGAGCCUUCCGGAAACUAUCUGGAGAUGAUAGCCGCUCAAGAACUCUCCGAAUUUCUUCAAAUGGAGAUUCGUCUCAAAUUUGAAGAAGAAGUUCUUGAAUUCUACAGAAAUGGAGAGAUCAAGACUGCUCAUUCAAAGAAGGACCCACAGAGGACGUUUCCAGUCAUCAAGUCCACUGAUGGAGGUACAAAAGUGAAGCUUUCGCAAAAGAAAUUGGGAGAAAAGCUUCGCCUUCCCAAUUCUGGAGUUGAAAUUGGGAAAUUUCCAGUCAAAAAUCUGGACUGGAACAUCAUUGGAAUCUCUGGGCAAAUUCCUUCUGGCCCAGCGAAGAAAGCAGAUCUGAACAACGACUACAAGUUAGUUUUGGAACUGGUCAUCGCUUGCCUCGAGUGUGGAAGCGGAGGUCAUGCCGAUGACAUCACGCAGGAGAGAGCCUUCAUCAUCAACGCUCUAAUUACCCAAUCCAAGGUAAAUUGGGCUGCACACUUCUUUAAAUCCAUCUCAAAACAUCUGGGAAAGCACAAUCAGAAGUACCUGUGUCAAGGUCUCUAUAUUGGACAUGUUUUGGAGUCUAUGGGUGCUGCUUCUAAAGGAAAGAAGUAUGGAGAAAGAUAUUGGUUAUACUAUCUGUCUUCAAAAGGGGAAAACAGAGCUGGUGCUAGUGUCACUGCAGAGGAAAGCUCAUCAGAUAAUGUCCCACUCAUCCAUAUGGCAAAGACUGUCAAAAGGAAGCAAGUGGUGUCUCCCUCCAUUAGUGUUGAAGCACCACAGAACCUUGCUCUGGUCAAUGUGGAAGAAGCAGAAGAAGUCUCUGUGCAAGGAGAACUUCAAAAGAAGAAUAAGAGGAAACUCUCCUCUCCCUCAACAUCUGGAUAUGUCAACUCGGAUAAGUUGAAGGAGAAGGAACCUGCUGAGGAAACCUCUUCCCAAAACCGGAGUCCUCAACAACUUGAAGAAGAAAUCCCUCAAGUCCAAAGCCUUCCAACCUCCUCACCUCAACCUCAAAUGGAUGAUGCUGAUAACCAAUUCUGGCAGCUCUACUAUGAUUGGAGAGCAUGGAAACUGAAGAAUGAGAAGAUCAUCAAGAAAUGCUUAGGAAUACCAGUCAACCAUAGCUGUGAAGAAAUCUUGGAUGACUACUGGGUAUGGCAAAGGAACCAUGAAGACCUGCAUCUGGAAUACCUAGCCAACUCACCAAUGUCAGAAUUUGAAGUAGAUGAUGAAGAUCCUUCAGUCUACAAACCAGUCUUCUCUAAAGCCACAGAAGAACAGAAAACAGCAGAAAUUCUGGAACAGUCAAUUUUUCCAGAUACAAAUGAAGAGGAGCAAGCUGUAGAAGUCCAAAGAAAUUCUGGAGAAGCUGAGAAGGAAACUCAAAUGGCAGAACUGGAGGUCUCUAAAACUCCAAUAGCCAUUCUUGAAGAACAAAAUGAAGCUGAAGAUAGUGAUUCCCUCUCUAGAUAUAUAUCGAAUUUUGCGCUUGAUGAAGCAGAAGAAGAAUCUGAGAGAACAUUAAAGAUCACUGAUGAAGAAGAUGUACAAGAAGAUGCUGAAUCUCUUCCUAUGCAACUGUUUCAAAGAACACCCUCUUCUCAUCAGGUAACCAACUUUCAUUUCCAUAGCUCUUCCACCCCUACACUUCCGAAUGAAAUACCGGAACUCUGGACAAAGAACGUCCAAGGGUUGAUUGAAUCAGCCCUAGCAUCUCAACAUGCCUCCUUUAGGCAAGAGAUAGAGCAAAUGGAAGCCAGGUACACCAAGCUGAUAGAGACAUCUGAAGAGAAACACAGCGCAGAUCUCAAAGAUAUAAGCAAGUCAGUGCACAAGGCUCUAGAGAUCAUCUCUCUAUUGAGCAAAACUGUGAGCAACACGAUGGAGAUAUAUGCAUCUGACAGUCAUCUUCAACUCAAGGAGAUUAACAAAGUCAAAGAGCAAAUAGCUAAUAUCACCGUCAGCCUACAAAAGCAAAUGUCUCUUCUCCAAAUGGACAUCAGAUCAGCUCUAGCAGUAUCUUCAGCAAAUCAAGUAGUGACCAAAGACUACUUGAAGGUGAUCAUUGACAAUCAGAAGGAAGCACAUAAACUGUUCAGACUUCUUGGCGCAAAGUCUGGAAAUCGCAAGAUGGAAGUGAUUCUUCAACAACACAGUCCAUCCUUGAUACCAGAACUCCCCAUUGCAGUCAAAGAAGGAGAAGUCUCUUAUAUCCCUUCUCAUCUGAACAUGACUAAUCUAAUCCUUGAAGCACAGCAAAGAAAUCUGGAGAACUCAGCGCAGCACCUAUCCAGCUCAGGAUUGGAUGGAACAGAGGCAAUAGGAACUGUUGCUGCUCACUUCUCAGAUGAUAACCAAACAGAGGAGAAACGCAACAGUAUAAGGCGCAUCAAAGAACUUUGUGGCAACAUGCAAGGUAUCAGUGAGGCUGCCGGAUCUUCAAAACGCAAAAGGAACUGAAGGUUCUUUUCAUCAAACCAGGGGGAAAGGGGAACUUAACUAGUUUUGGCUAAUAAUUGUUUUUGGCUAUGAAUUAUUGAUGAGCUCUAAGCAAUAGAAGACGGAUAUCUCAGUUUUGGUACUAAAAUUGGAAAUCUCCGAUUCAGGUACUCUACAAAAUCUGCCUUCUUAAACUAAGCUUUAAUCCUUAAUUCAUUUCCAACUAGCUCAAAAAGUACUGGUCCUUAGGAUUUUAAUAAUGUACAGGACUUUGG